UUUUUUUAUUCAUAAAACAAUAUUCAAUAUACAUUUUAAAUUAAAAAUUAUGAUAAAAAUAAUUAAAAAUAAAUUAUAACAAAUAAGUUAUGUUAAUUAAAAUUUUCAAAUAUUAAACAUUUUCUUUUUAUUCUUCCUCCUCUCUCCCCCUUUCUCUUUCCUCCCUCUUUUUUCGGUUAUUCCUUAUAUUUGGGCUAUAAUGGGAUUUAUUAUAUUAUCUCUCCUCUCCCAUUUUUAUUACUCCAAUUUCUAUCAUUGCCUUCAAUUGAUGAUUUUAUUACAAAAUUACCACAAACUGUGUUUUCAUAAUAUAGAUAUAGAUUACUAUUCACAUAUCUAUUCUCUUUUAGUAUAAUACAAUUAAAAAUUUGUGCUACAGGAAAAUACUCAUUAAUAUUACUAAUAUUUAAUAAAAAUAAAAUCCGUAAGGACAUCUCCUGGUAAAAUCUUCCCGUCCGUUUCUCCCUUUGAUAAAGGACAACCGUUGAUAGGAACACUUCCAUAAUUGCAAAAAGACCCCAAACUCAGUGAGAAAUAUUUCCCAACUCCUCCCCUUGCAACCCUCUACUCUACACUCCAGCUCUCUCCGCUGCACCAGCUAGAAGAAUAUUAAUUGCUGUGGGCGUGUGCUCUACCAUCUUCAUUCUCUACUCUUGCUGCGAUGGCGGUAGAAAAUCUUUUCAAAGAUGAGGCCACAGAAGAAAAGGGUGAGCGUGCCCGAAUGGCCUCCUUUAUUGGAGCCAUGGCUAUUGCUGACUUGGUUAAGACAACAUUGGGACCUAAGGGGAUGGAUAAAAUUUUGCAAUCUACUGGGAGAGGGCACAGCGUAACGGUGACAAAUGAUGGGGCCACCAUCUUAAAGUCCCUACACAUCGACAACCCUGCUGCCAAAGUCCUUGUUGAUAUUUCGAAAGUACAAGAUGAUGAAGUUGGUGAUGGUACAACUUCAGUUGUUGUUUUAGCUGGGGAACUUCUGAGGGAGGCAGAGAAGCUUGUAAAUACCAAAAUUCAUCCAAUGACCAUUAUUUCAGGGUAUCGCAUGGCAGCUGAGUGUGCAAGAAAUGCAUUGCUCGAGAAGGUUGUUGACAAUAAGUUGGAUGCAGAAAAAUUCAAGUCUGACUUGAUGAAGAUUGCAAUGACUACUUUGAGCUCCAAAAUUCUCUCUCAGGACAAAGAACAUUUUGCGAAACUAGCUGUCGAUGCAGUUAUGAGGCUGAAGGGGAGUACGAAUUUGGAAUCCAUUCAAAUCAUAAAGAAGCCUGGAGGGUCACUAAAAGAUUCCUUUUUGGAUGAGGGAUUUAUUUUGGAUAAGAAAAUUGGUGUUGGGCAACCAAAACGUAUCGAGAAUGCAAAGAUUUUGGUGGCAAAUACGGCAAUGGAUACAGAUAAAGUGAAAAUUUAUGGGGCACGCGUUCGAGUUGAUUCGAUGGCUAAGGUUGCUGAGAUUGAAGGGGCCGAAAAGGAAAAGAUGAGGGAGAAGGUGCAAAAGAUUAUAAAUCAUGGGAUUAACUGCUUUGUUAAUCGCCAGUUGAUCUACAAUUUUCCAGAGGAACUGUUUGCUGAUGCUGGAGUACUUGCAAUAGAGCAUGCUGAUUUUGAUGGUAUUGAGCGGCUGGCACUUGUUACUGGUGGUGAUAUUGCAUCAACUUUUGAUAAUCCUGAGUCGGUUAAGCUUGGGCACUGCAAACUUAUUGAAGAAAUUAUGAUUGGCGAGGACAGGUUGAUUCACUUUUCUGGUGUUGAAAUGGGCCAGGCAUGCACUAUUGUCUUGAGAGGCGCAAGCCCUCAUAUGUUGGAUGAAGCUGAAAGAUCUCUGCAUGAUGCCUUGUGCGUUCUAUCCCAAACAGUAAUUGACAGCAGGGUUUUACUCGGAGGUGGAUGGCCUGAGAUGAUAAUGGCAAAAGCAGUUGACGAACUUGCCAGGAGAACUCCCGGGAAAAGGUCUCAUGCCAUUGAAGCUUUUUCACGGGCGCUUGUGGCCAUUCCGACUAUCAUUGCUGACAACGCUGGCUUGGACAGUGCUGAAUUAGUUGCUCAACUUCGUGCAGAGCACCACAAGGAAGGAAGCACUGCCGGGAUUGACGUCAUCUCCGGAACUGUUGGAGAUAUGGCUGAGAGAGGGAUAUGUGAGGCAUUCAAAGUGAAGCAUGCUGUAUUGCUUUCAGCAACUGAAGCUGCUGAGAUGAUUCUUAGGGUCGACGAAAUUAUCACCUGUGCGCCACGAAGAAGAGAAGACAGGAUGUGAUGAAAGCAAUGCUUUUAAGGAUUGUAACAGAAGGUAUAUUAUAUUGAAUUUGUGGUGUGUUUUAAGAACUGAAAGUGGGGCAGAUUUUGGCAAAAUUUCAAGUGCAGUUCCAGUUUUGUUUACUGACAACAUUUUUUGUUCGUGUGGUCAUAGACUCGCAGCUGACUUUGUACGUUUUAAGGAUUUCGUUUCCUUUUUUGUUGAACUGUGGUAUGUCGAAUACUUAUUUUAAUCUGUUCGACAUAAUGCAAGUUAAAACUAUUACUA